UUUGGCGCUGACCUCUCUAUUCCUACUACCUAGGUGCUAGGUACCUAGGUACCCAAGUGGGUAUGCAGGGCAUAUGGACUUGAACCUGCUGGGGGCUGGACCACUGUCCUGGUGCCUCGGUUGGCCCUUGGUUUACACUGACAGCCGCAUCGAUCACGGGCCCUGGGCUGAGCCCGCCACCCGGUCCUCCUGUCCUCCUGCCCUUGUCUCUGCUGGGUCGCAUUCGACUCGUCAACCCGCCCGUUCCACGCUCCACGCUCCACGCCCCACGCUCCACCUAUCCGGUACGAUACGCUACGGAGGUCGUAGGGGCAAGACAGAACAGAGGAUUGACAGGCCAUUCUGCCACUCUGCCAUUCUGCCUCCAACCCACCCGAGCAUCGUCCUUCAACCGUUCAACCAUCCACCUCUCCGCCCGCCUCUUCCCUGUCCUGCCUCGCCCUGCUGCCCAACAACCGCCCUCUCGGCUGCUGCUGCCGUGUGCCUACACAGCACACCCCGACACAGCUGCGCUUGCCCCUUCAGCAAUCCGCAUCUGCAGACCUAGUAACAGAUUACACCCCCCCCCCACACACACACCCACCCACCAGCAGCGGUACUAGGCUUUCGCGACUUUGCGUCCCGCCCUCCUCGCUCCAUCCCUACCCACCGGCCGCCCUGCGAGACAGAAAGAAGCUCAAGCAGACCCCCGACACGCCCUCGCCCCCCGCCCACGACGCUCGGCCAUUCUUGAUGGCUCGACCGGCGACGAAAGAACCAUGAACUCCCUCAAUUUCGUCUCCUCCCGCGUCUCUCCCUCCUCCAGCCCGGCCCCUUCGCGUUCCAACUCCCUUGGCUCAAUGGGCAUCACCGUCACCUCGGAGGAGCAGGAGCAGCAGCAGGAAGCCUCUACCACGGGCCUCGACGAGAAAACGCCCAAUUCCGCGGGCCCCGACGAUUCCCAGCCCGCUGACGCCGCGGCCGACCAGGACACACCUCUGCUGUCAAGAAGCGUCCCCAGGGAUUCCGGGAUACGGGAGUCGUCUUGGCAUCAAAUUCCCCGGCGCAUGUUCAGUGCUGUCAUAGGCUCAUUGCGCUGGGUUCUGUCUACUCUGGCCGCCCCUGGUGUCUACCUGAUCGCCUGCCUCUACGAUGAACACGGACAUUUUGCCCCCUGGCUACAAUUCAAGAGGCUCUUUGGCGCAUACCACGCAGAUCCGCGGAAGAUGGCUGCGGCAAUGCAAGAGAAAGCCGCGUUGGAAGUCCGGACUGGUCCGACCCGGGGUGCAACCACCAACAUAGCCAGGGGGAAUGCCAUGACAACGCGACCGGUGCCAUCUUCUGGCUCUUCAACAUCGGGACUCUCCAGUGAGUCCGAGUCCGAAAUGGACAGGGACUCUACCAGCAGGCAUCCGCGGGCCAAGUCCCUGCAAAGCUCCGAGGAGAUCAGCCCCUCCCGGCGGUCCAUCAGGAUCAAGCUGCAUAACGAGGAAUCGCUGCGCCAGCGUAAACAAAAAAGAGGGCAGUCGGCCAGCUCUCGCCGCGGUACGACAGGCAGCCCGCAGCAAAAAGAUAUAUCGGCCCACCUCAAAUCGCCCACGUCUCCUGUUGGUGCCCUGACGAAAUAUCCCAAGACGCCUGCGCCCCCAAGACCGCUCAUCCCACGACGCCAACCAUCCUACAUCAAUGUGGAGGCCGACGCGCAGACACCCCAAAAGACACUGAUCCUCGACCUGGACGAGACCCUGAUUCACAGCAUGUCCAAGGGCGGCAGGAUGAGCACAGGGCACAUGGUGGAGGUCAAGCUGAAUACGACUUAUGUUGGGGUUGGCGGGCAAGCCAGCAUCGGACCCCAGCACCCCAUAUUGUAUUAUGUGCACAAGCGACCGCAUUGCGAUGACUUCCUGCGACGGGUCUGCAAGUGGUUCAACCUUGUUGUGUUCACGGCCUCUGUUCAGGAAUAUGCUGACCCAGUCAUCGACUGGCUGGAAUCGGAGAGGAAAUUCUUCUCGGCACGGUACUAUAGGCAGCACUGUACAUUCAGGCACGGCGCCUUCAUCAAGGACCUCAGUGCUGUCGAGCCCGAUCUCAGUAAGGUCAUGAUCCUGGACAACAGCCCUCUCAGCUACAUGUUCCAUCAAGACAACGCGAUCCCGAUACAAGGCUGGAUAAAUGACCCGACAGACAACGAUCUGCAGCAUCUCAUACCGUUCUUCGAGGGUCUCCAGUAUGUCUCGGAUGUGCGUGCCCUUUUGGCGCUGCGAGGAGGUGAGGAUGGCCAGCACACCUGAGGACCACAACCCGGUCGUACGGGCCCGGAGGGUCAGGGCGUUGUGCAAUCGCCCAUGGAGCAGCAGGGUAUCAACUCAGCCUCCAUAUGGUGCGGAACCAACACGAACUGUCCAUGCCCGGGUCCGCAUGACGAAGCGCGCAUGUGUGUAGAACUGUGCAAAAAGCAAGUAGAAAGCGAAUAGCAUUUUGAGCUCGUUUUUUUCCUUCUCUUUUUUGAGCCGCUGAUAUUGCGGCGAUCCACAGGUCUCCUGGGCCAGUGGGAACGUUGUCUGGGUGUGUGAGUCGAGAUCAUGGAAUCUUGCGGGUGCCUGAAGAAUUGAGCAAGUGAUCGAGUGGAAAGACGCGAGGCCUUCAUGAUGGCAUCGACAGCUUGCUAACAUGUAUAACCGGUUUGAGAAGGCCGGCGGGUAAUGACACAGCCCCUUGCAAUCCGGCUCUUGUUUGGAUACGCUGAGUCAGCCCAGUCUGGAACAGCAGAACCACCACCCGGCAAGUAAACAAACCCAACGCCCUGGUGCAUAAUGCCAUACAACUAAGGCAUUUCCAAGAUCUGUGGCUUGUGUCGCCUUGUCAUAUGAGCGCACGUCUUGAAGCAGCAAGGCGUGGCCGCGUCCGGGGUGCGAUGUGGCGCACAGACCCCUGACGGGCGC